GCUGGGCUUUCCCCUGGGCAGGUCCCAAGUCCUCACCUCCCCUCUCAAGUCUCCCACGACAUUCCCACCCCCGCUCCUGAGAGCAGAGCUGGCCGCAGCCAUGACCCCGCAGCUUCUCCUGGCCCUUGUCCUCUGGGCCAGCUGCCCACCCUGCAGUGGAAGGAAAGGGCCCCCAGCAGCUCUGACACUGCCCCGGGUGCAAUGCCGAGCCCCUCGGUACCCGAUCGCCGUGGAUUGCUCCUGGACCCUGCCGCCUGCUCCAAACUCCACCAGCCCCGUGUCCUUCAUUGCCACGUACAGGCUGGGCAUGGCUGCCCGGGGCCACAGCUGGCCCUGCCUGCAGCAGACGCCAACGUCCACCAGCUGCACCAUCACGGAUGUCCGGCUGUUCUCCAUGGCUCCCUACGUGCUCAAUGUCACCGCCGUCCACCCCUGGGGCUCCAGCAGCAGCUUCGUGCCUUUCAUAGCGGAGCACAUCAUCAAGCCCGACCCUCCAGAAGGUGUGUGCCUAAGCCCCCUCGCUGAGCGCCAGCUACAGGUGCAGUGGGAGCCUCCCGGGUCCUGGCCCUUCCCAGAGAUCUUCUCACUGAAGUACUGGAUCCGUUACAAGCGUCAGGGAGCUGCGCGCUUCCACCGGGUGGGGCCCAUUGAAGCCACAUCCUUCAUCCUCAGGGCUGUGCGGCCCCGAGCCAGGUACUAUGUCCAAGUGGCGGCGCAAGACCUCACAGACUACGGAGAACUGAGUGACUGGAGUCUCCCCGCCACUGCUGCGAUGAGCCUGGGCAAGUAGCAAGGGCUUCCCGCUGCCUCCAGACAGGACCUGGGUCCUUGCCACCCUAAGCCCCGGGACACCUGUUGGAGGGCGGAUGGGAUCUGCCCAGCCUGGGCUGGAGUCCUUGCUUUGCUGCUGCUGAGCUACUGGGCAACCUCAGAUGACCGAUUUUUCCCUUUGAGCCUCAGUUUCUCUAGCUGAGAAAUUGAGAUGUACUACUCUCUCCUUUACCACAGUGCGGGACUGACUGAACUGUCACUGUGAGAUAUUUUUUAUUGUUUAAUUAGAAAAGAAUUGUUGGGCUGGGUGCAGUGGAUCGCACCUGUAAUCCCAGUUACUGGGAAACCGAGGUGGGAGGGUGGCUUGAGGCCAGGAGCUCGAGACCAGCCCAGGCCACAUAGCAAGACCGCAUCUCUAAAAAAUUAAUAUAAAAUAAAUUAGCCAGGCGUGAUGUUGUGUGCCCACAGUCGCAACUACUUGGGAGGCUGAGGUGGGAGGAUCACUUCAGUCCAGGAGGUUAAGGCUGCAGUAAGCUGUGAUCACACCACUGCCUUCAUGUCUGGGCAACAGAGCAAGACCCUGGUUUGUUUGUUUGUUUGUUUGUUUGUUUGUUUGUUUAAAUCAUAGUUGAGGCCGGGUGCGGUGGCUCACGCCUGUAAUCCCGAGGCCGAGGUGGGCAGAUCACGAGGUCAGGAGUUCGAGACCAGCCUGACCAACAUGGUGAAACCCGGUCUCUACUAAAAAUACAGAAAUUAGCUGGGCAUGGUGGCCCGCGCCCGUAAUCCCAGCUACUCAGGAGGCUGAGGCAGGAGAAUCGCUUGAACCUGGGAGGCAGAGGUUGCAGUGAGCUGAGAUUGCACCACUGCACUCCAGCCUGGGCAACAGAGUGAGACUCCGUCUCAAAACAAAAACAAAAAAAUAAUAGUUGAAAUGAAGACUCCAGCUGAGUAUGGUGGCUCAUGCCUGUAAUCUCAGCACUUUGGGAGGCCGAGGCAGGUGGAUCACUUGAGGUCAGGAGUUCAAGACUAGCCUGGCCAACAUGGUGAAACCCUGUCUCGACUGAAAAUACAAAAAUUAGCCAGGCGUGGUGGCGGGUGCCUAUAAUUCCAGCUAUUUGGGAGACUGAGGCAGAAGAAUUGCUUGAACCCGGGAGGCAGAGGUUGCAGUGAACUGAGAUCACGCCACUGCACUCCAGCCUGGGCGACAGAGUGACUAAGACUCUGUCCGAAAAAAAUAUAAAGAAAUGAAGAUUCCUCCCUUCAAUUAGAUGAGAUCCAGCGAAGAAUAAGCCCUAAACCAAAGGACACAGACACCACAAAUCCCCACUCCCAUAGUGUCAGGGCUGGACCAGGGGACAUCAUGGGCCUGGGGAUGCCAGGGUGGGGUGGCAGGGAUUCCACCUGGAGUGGGACAGUAGAAUCCAUUCAGGGGCAGGUGCGGUGGCUCACGUCUGUAAUCCCAGCACUUUGAGAGGCCAAGGUGGGUGGAUCACAAGGUCAGGAGUUCAAGACCAGCCUGGCUAAGAUGGUAAAACCUCAUCUCUACUAAAAAUAAUAAUAAUAAUGCAAAAAAUUAGCCAGGCGUGGUGGUAUCCGCCUGUAAUCCCAGCUACUCGGGAGGCUGAGGCAGGAGAAUCGCUGGAACCCAGGAGGUGGAGGUUGCAGUGAGCCAAGAUCGUGCCACUGCACUCCAGCCUGGGCAAAAGAGCAAGACCCUGUCUCAAAAAAAAA